AUGGACGCUAGCCCCGAGCGAGAUUGGGCCAAGGCUCUGGAGGAGGUCCACGCGAAGACCUUCUCGGCGUACCUCUCGCUUCGCCAACAUGCCGUGAACGACGACUCGCAGCCGCUUCGAGAUGUCGUCACUACUCUCAGGCUGCUUGUCGGUGCGACGCAGAGCCUGGCAUUGCUUGUUGAGGAGCUCCGCAUGCGAGAGCUGGACUUCCUGUUCGACGGACCGAAACCUGGUCGCAACCUGCUUGACACAUUGGAUGGCACUUUGAGCGACUUGAACCAGGCUCAUCAAGGGGGAAAUAUUGACGAAAAAAUCCUUGUCAAGCUUCGCGCUAUUUUCAGUGGCCUCAGAACAGCGGCAGCUACCGACCACCACCUUGACUUCGAGCUCUGCUUAUCCACCAUUGGCUCCUCAUCUGUCGUAGAACAAGGGCCUCAGCCUGCGCUGUCUACAUUGAAUGAUCCCCACCAUCAUGACAGCUCCUACAACGAUGCUCUAGCAUGUGUCGAGCAGAUCUGCGGCCCCGAUGUUCAGCUAGCCAAGCCAGGUGAAUACUACGUGUACAAGGCGAAGCUGGCGGAGAGAGAUGUGGAACGGCCAUCCUAUGGCACGUACGCGCUGAGACUGCCAGAGCUUGUCGAGAAGCACUGGGGAAGUAUUCGCCGAGACGAGAGUAUUACUCCCGAAACGGCACAGUAUGCCUUUCAAUCCGAUUUCAAGCACCUUUUCGCUCCAAAACUGAAGUCAGGGAACUUUGAGAACUGGGUUCUCGAAUACGCGCGCCAACAGUGGCCCGAACGAUUUGAUCCCACGUCCCCGAACUUCUCGACGAAACCUCUUGUGCGUUUGAUGUCACAAGUUUCCGACCCUUCGCUUCGUCCUAUUCACGUCGCAGCUGCGUUGGGCAUGGCCGAAGUUUGCCGGUGGCUGAUAUCUGCCGACCCAGAGUCUGUCCGAAUGAGGAGCCCCUGGGGAACACCGUUCUACUGCGCCUUACUUGGUCCCAAUGCUUUCCUCGGACGCGUGGCAGAUCCAGUGGAGCUCUUAGCAGACAUGCGCACUCCGGUCAAUCAAAAUGGGACCCUUGCCGUUCUCCAAAAUGCCGGUGGCGCAUUGAAAGGGACUUAUUCUUCAAUCAUUGGCCCAAGUCAAGAUGAGCCUGUGUCUCUGGCUACCUUGGCAUUUCUUGUGUGCAACUUUCUUCAGUCACCAGAGAAAUUUCUCAACAUCAUGGACCACAAUCCCGACGUCUCUUUCUUCGACGACCGUUUCCUGACAUUGUUUCGCUCAAGUCGCUCAGAGAGAUCAACACUGAAAAAUUGGCCAAUCCCAUUUCCCCCGAUCUAUCAUAAUUUCCUCGGUAGUGUUCUACCGGUAAUCCUGGACAGAGCCGUCAUCAACUAUGACAGCUACAACGAAAUGUCAAUGCUAGCCACGGGUGUAUAUGAAAUGGUUGGCUUUUUCGAUCUUGAACCGGAAUAUCUCCAGCGAGCCUCUUCACUUCUGGACGUGACCCCCAAGGCUUACACUACGCUCGUUCGGGAGGCAGUCCAGGAUCGUGAGGUGGACGUUGUUCGAAGGCUCACCGAAGAUCCGCGCUGGGACCCAAACGCCUUCCUACACAAGGAGUUACCGUCUUUGCACCCGACCGGUGAUUCUUCUGACGUUCUGGAUAAGGGAACAUCCAUUUUACAUUGGGCCGUGGAAUCCGAUGACCUGGCUUUGACCCACCUCAUACUGAACUCUGGAUCGAAUGUCCACGUCCGGAACCCAAGGAAUCAAACACCAUUGUUGUUGUCUGAAUCUCCCGAUGUCUUCAACCUUCUCCUAAGUCAUGGAGCACAAACGACUGAUACUGAUGAGGACGGGAGAAACAUAUGGCACGUUGCAGCGGCGAACUCUGACAUUGAUCUGAUCAAUUGCCUUCUCGAGAACGACGAGAAUCAGGAUCAGAAUCUGAGGGCAAGGAUGCGUGGGGGACAGACUCCAAUUGCUCAAGGCAUCAUCUACCCAUUCAAGCAGAUGAUUAAAGGCCCCAAGUCGUCACCAAAACCACCAUUCGCUGCCUUGCAUCUCCUCAAGUGGUGCAAGAAAGACCCGGUUUAUCUUCGCAGCCCGAAGUCUCUGCUAUUUCUAGCAGCCGAAUGGGGCUCUGAACCUUUGGCGUCAAGCCUGCUCGAGUUUGGUGCGGACCCCAAUGCUGUCGAUGACCACGGCCGGUCUGUGCUACAUUAUUUGAAUGCAUCUGCAACACCAGAGCUUGUACGGACGCUCAAGAAGGGUUGCAAAGCGCCGGCUCUAGACAAUCGUGGACUGUCACCAGCGGAAACGAUAUUUGCCGCUUUCAAUCUCGAAAAGGGUGGGCGUCUCUCGAAAAAAGCCCGGAACCACCCAGCGUACUCUGAGCCGCUCAAAGCUUCAGCGUACGAAUGUCUCCUCACGCGAGAUGUUCUCGUCUCGCGUAAUGCAUCUGGGGCUGGCCUCUGGGAACGCUUCGUGACGACGGUGAUCGCCGAGUGGAGCCCUCGCUGGCCAGAGGGGUUGGAUGCUGGACCGUCUAUCCUGACGGCACUCAAUGCUCUAGUCAAGAUGUGGGCACUAGCCGACUACGAAACCUCCACGCAAAGUUCGGCGCUGUUUCCCAUCCUUUACACUUGGAUUGAAGGCUUACCAACUCAUUCCGAGGUUCCGCCAUGGAUGGGGGAUGUCUUUGGCUGUAUCUUGAAGGCGUCAGUUUUCAAAGAUUCUCUGAAGGCUUCCCCCGAAGCGAUCACGUUGCUCAAGGCUUGCAUACAGCAAGGCAGAGGCGACCUCCUGCCUAAGCUUCUAAAAGCGGGUAUCUCUGUCCAUGAAAGGGUAGGUGGUACUUCAGCGCUUGAAGUGGCGUGUCAGGGUGAAGAAACAUCUCGUUGCAAUCUUGAGAUGUUCGAGAAUGUAUUAUCUCACGCGGAAGUAGAAAGGCUCAAUGAGGUCGAAGAGGGAGGGACCAGCUUGUUAGAAUGUCUGUUGGAAGACUUGGUAUCAUCACGAGAUAAGAAGCUAUCCUGCCUGUUGGAUUAUGGAUGCGACCCAAAUGCCGGCGUUGGAGUCCGUGGCACCCCUAUUGUUCUGAACUACAUCUCGGGCAACCAGAUCGAUGGUGCCAGGACGCUUCUCAGACACGGUGCAGACCCUUCAGCUACCGAUACAUCCGGUAGAGACUCGGCACUUACAGCGGUAUCAGUUGGGUCCCUCCGUCUUGUCGUAUGCCUGAAGAACUUUUAUUAUGCGGAUAUCUAUUGGGCUAGAACGUGUACUUCCCAAUUCGAGGUAAAAUCUGUUGCCGGGUCUAAGCGUACCAUCAUCUCAAACACUUUCAACGCCCUACACAUUGCCUCGAUCGGCGGCCACGAGGCUAUUGUGGACUUUUACGUCAAGGAACUCAGACUCUCAACCAAUGUAGCGACGUUGCAUGAGCGAUGGACACCUCUCCACUGUGCCGCCCUCGGCGGCUCGACAUCCUGCAUGCGAGUACUCAUCGAACACGGUGCGGACCCUACGAGAGAAGAUUACCAAGGCCGGACACCGCUCAUGAUCGCCGUUGAGGCCGGCGAUACCGAGGCCGUGCGCUUGUUGCUGAAGCCUUGCUCGGCGAAGAUGGCGAUCGAAAAGCCUUUCUUGCGUGCUCUUGAAAUUGGUUACGGAGUUUUGCUUGUGCUAUUCGCCCCUUACUUGACGACACUCCUUCCUCGUCUCACACAAACACCAGACGAAGAUCAGGCGCCCCGGGGCCACCUAGCUGGGGCCAUUCUUGAAGCACUGAUCACAGCGGGAGACAAGGCAGCAUGGAAGACCAGCGAAAGAGUCUUGGAGUAUCUGGAUCCUGCAGCCUUGAACGACAUCAGGAAUGGGGCUGCAAAUGCGACAUUGCUGGCCAUUCUGACGCACCUGAAAAUGUACUCCUCCAGAUACCAAGAUAUGGUGCCGGAAGGCCAGUUUCGGAUCACUGACCGAACGAACCCAGACCGCGCCUGGGCGCACAAUCAGCAAAAGGUUCUCUCCCACUUUUCCAACCAACGUAUUUCCUCCGAUGCGUUUUCGCCGGAAUUCCAAAAGGGCGAUUCCCCGCUGCUCCUGGCAAUUAGGGCGAAAUCAUCGACAUCCAUGCAAAUCAUCCAGAUACUGGUGACGCACGGCGCCGAUCUGUCCGAUGGCAACGCUACAACCCCACUCCACGAAGCGGCCGGCAACAACUUUGUCGAGGCUGUCGAAUAUCUUUUACAGGUUGGGGCCAACUGCAGCCUUCGGGACGCAGAUGGCUUUACUCCUUUGAUGGUCGCCGUUGCUGAAGGAAAUCUUGACACAGCGAAGGUACUCGUCAGUCACGGUGCCAGCAUACACGUGCGGGAUGCACAUGGCACGGGGCUACUGGGUAUUGGUGCAAAGUCCAAGAAUCCGGCCGUCUUGCAAUGGCUGCUCGGUGUUGGGCUAGAUCCGUAUGAACCGGAUCAGCAGAAUCUGACGGCGCUCCACCACGCACUCUGUAAUGUUCAUCUCUCCAGCUUCGUUUUGAACUACGGCUUUGACCUUUCAAAUAUCGUACGAGGCGGCGGCAAUGACUUCUUGGCUGAAUUAUUCACCCAGACAAGGGCGUCAGAGAGCCUUGCCAAGCUACUGAAGCGGCUUCCAACAGAGGAGAGGUUGGCUUUGGUCAAUCUUUCUCUGGGAGACCCCUUCACGCCUCUUUGCCGCGCGGUUGUGGAAAACAACUUGUCUCAUGCCCGUGUGCUCCUGGAAUAUGGCGGAAGACUUGACGAAGAAGGAGCGUCUGAGGGAUCUGCGUUGAUGCUGGCGUGCUCAUUCGGACGGCCGGACUUUGUAAAGAUGCUCGUCCAUCUCGGCGCCAGCAUUUCGUACACGGCUCCCCUUGCCGAGGGGCAACCUAUCUUCAGAAACGCCUUGGCAUCAGCAGAGCCAUUCCCUGAGCUUGUGAGAUGGCUUCUCGUGGAGAGGCAUAUAUCGCAGCGCAGACUCGGGGAUAUUGUCCCCGAGGUGAUGGAUGUUGAUGGAGACGUGAAGCCAUGGGCUGGCGUUUGCAUUACGGAAUACGACGUUUCGGGGACAGGGAUUCUUGUUGCUCGUGCGGCGAGGGAGUCGAGCUUGGAUUAUGUCAAAAGGCUUGAGGGCGUGCGGAGAGGACUUAGGGGUACGGUCUUGAGGGUUGUCCAGCUGGAACACUAG